AUGGAGCGCCCGCUCAACCUCAGCUGCCUCGCCGAUACGACGCCGGACAGCGGCAACAGGAGCGGGUCCUCCGCCGGUCCCGAGGGCGGCCAGGCCCACCUCUCCGUCUUCAGCGUGUUGGUCCUCACCCUGUUGGCCAUGCUGGUGGUGGCCACGUUCCUCUGGAACGGGCUGGUCCUGGCCACCAUCCUCCGCGUGCGCAGUUUCCACCGGGUGCCCCACAACCUGGUGGCCUCCAUGGCCGUCUCUGACGUGAUGGUGGCAGCCCUGGUCAUGCCUCUCAGCUUGGUGCACGAGUUGUCCGGGCGGCGGUGGCGGCUGGGCCGGUCGCUCUGCCAGGUGUGGAUCUCCUUCGAUGUGCUGUGCUGCACUGCCAGCAUCUGGAAUGUGACGGCCAUUGCCCUCGACCGCUACUGGUCCAUCACCCGCCACCUGGAGUACACGCUCCGCACCCGGCGCCGCAUCUCCAACAUCAUGAUUGCCCUCACCUGGGCACUCUCCGCCUUUAUCUCUCUGGCCCCGCUGCUCUUUGGCUGGGGAGAGACUUACUCAGAGGACAGUGAAGAGUGCCAAGUCAGCCGGGAGCCUUCCUACACCAUCUUCUCCACCUUUGGGGCCUUCUACCUGCCCCUCUGUGUGGUGCUCUUUGUGUACUGGAAGAUCUACAAAGCUGCCAAGUUUCGAAUCGGAUCUCACAAGAGCAACUCCAUCACCCCCAUUACACCAGAAGCGCUGGAGGUAAAAGAAGCUGCCCAGCAGCCACAGAUGGUCUUCACUGUCCGUCACGCCACUGUUACAUUCCAGACGGAUGGAGACACGUGGAGAGAGCAGAAGGAAAAGAAAGCCGCCCUCAUGGUGGGCAUCCUUAUCGGGGUCUUCGUGCUCUGCUGGAUCCCCUUCUUCAUCACAGAGCUCAUCAACCCGCUCUGCUCAUGUGACAUCCCACCCAUUUGGAAGAGCAUUUUUCUAUGGCUGGGCUAUUCAAAUUCCUUUUUUAAUCCACUCAUCUACACUGCUUUCAACAAAAACUACAACAAUGCCUUCAGGAACCUAUUCUUUAGGCAGCAGUGA